AUGUCGGACCCUCUGAUCGUGCCCUUCGCCGAGCUGUGCGGCGCGCUGCGAGGGCUGCAGGAGCAGGUGGAGCAGCUGUCUCGCGUGCAUGAGGCGGUGGACGACUUCAACUCGGCGUUCGGCGCCUUCCAGGGGGCCAUGGCGCUGCACGCGUCGUGUCUCACGUAUCCGAAGACCCCGAAGCCCGCAGCGCCGCGCAAGUCGCUGCCUAAGAAGGACAAGCAGGUGUCGCCAGGGACGGGAAUUCCUCGACCCAGCAGCAGUACUCACGUGUCGCCCAGUGGCGACGGAGUGCAGCCGAGGCGUGAUGGAUCGUCGGGGGGUAAACUCAAGGCUAAGGGCAAAGGGGAGACGGCGAUGAAGACGGCCAAUGGGGACAACCAGCAGCUGAAGAAGAGGACGCAGGCGGCCCCUGUCGCUGGCAUGAAGAGGCACGGGAGGGUGGAGCCGCGUGCAGCGGGCAAUGGGAUGAAGAGACGGAAGACGCAGAUGCCCAAGGCGCAACCGGCGUGGACGUGGGAACGCCAUGUUCGGGAGAAGAUCCCGCGCAAGUAUCAGAGCCCGGCGGAGCUCAAGAAGCUCGAGAACAUCGUGCUCUACCUCAAGAACCGUCACUGCGCUAUUUCUAUCACCGACCUGGUCAAGCACAGUGGGUUGCCCGUGAUACGUUGCAAGGAGAUCCUGCAGACGCUGAUGAAGCUCGACAUCAUCGAACGCAAGCGCGAAAAAUCGGGCUUCGUCUACAGUUUUGGGACUUCGAACUGA